CUUUUGGUGAUUGCGGACCCAUCUUCACUUUGAUGAUGCACAUAUCCUAACCAAUUGGCACUCAACAAACAACUCAAGCUUGCACCAGAUUACGACAGUCAGUAAUGCCGGCAUCUGUCGAAUCGUCAAAAGCAACACGGGUUGCGAACAAAUCCGCAGCGCCCAGGGUUCCUCCCCUGCCCUACAAAGCCAGAACCGCAGCCGACGCAGCAGCUGGUCAGAAUUCAGCGUUGAUGCCCUCCGUCGAGGCACACGCAGCUUCUGCAGCACCUGUGCGAGCAGCCGCGAAAGGCUCUACCGUCAGUCUCCCGCAGAGCCUACGAGCUCCGACACCGAAGCCAUUCGAUCCUUCGAGUCCCGCAUACAAGGCCGCGUCGAGGAAAUAUGUUGGCUUCAUGGUCGCAAUGCCCAUCUUGCUCGUCACUUCCUAUGUGCUCUUCGAUCGUCUAGCUCUGGGGCACGAGGCAAAGAGCUUCGACAAGCAGGAGACUGCCAGGAGCAUUGUAUGAGCAAGUGGUCCGGCAUACGUACUUGAAAAGCCAUGUCGGAGGAAUGUGAACGACUUUGGCGCCAUUCGA